AUGGAUUUGGGUCAAUUGCAACUCAUGGAGCUAUAUUUGGAUUCCUCCACUUCAACAGAACGCCGUCGACUGCAAAACAGGCUGGCCCAACGGAGAUACCGAGAGAAGAAACAGGAGCAGAAGCAAAAGCACGCAAAUGAAAACAUCUGGAGCUGGGACGAUGAACCUAUAGAUCUCUGUACGACCUACACAGAAAGCGACAAAAGACCGAAUCAGCCAGCUGGAGCGGAUCUGAAAUCCAAGCUAGGUACUCUGAGCCGUGUCACGCUCCCAAUAGCACAGCAAACAAUCCCCAUUAUCACAACAAUAGCUCCACAGCGGAAGCUAUAG